AGUCAGUAAACUUACAACAGCCAAGAAUGUGCUCUCUCAUCUUAAUCAUUUCAAUUUGCCUCACGACGGUUCAAUGUUGUCAUAUGAAGCGAGAAGUCUCAACAACCGAUGACGAUUUAACAGACGAAGAGCCCAGGUAUGCAGGAUCUAAAGAUGCACUAUUUUUGACCCCCUACAUAGAGCUGGGUUUCAUAGAAGAAGGACGAAAAGCAGCAGAAGUAUCUUCUGAUAUUUUCUUGAACACCAAGUCUUACAGCGGCUUCUUCACUGUCAACCACACCUACAACAAGAAUCUGUUCGGGUGGUUCUUCCCUUCAGAGGAUCAAGAUGAUCCAGUCAUGCUGUGGCUUCAAGGAGGACCAGGUUUAACCUCAAUGUUUGGCAUAUUUGCAGAAAUGGGUCCGUUCGAAAUAGAUAAUGAUGCUCUAACACUUCGAGAUACAGCUUGGACCAAAUCUCACAGCAUUCUGUACAUCGAUAAUCCGGUAGGUACAGGUUAUAGUUUCACGCAGGAGCAAGGUUUGGCCCAUGACGAAACCCAGGUGGCAGGGGAGCUAUACGAGGCUCUACGACAGUUCUUUCUGCUGUUUCCAGAGAUCCGACAGAACGACUUUUUUGUAGCUGGUGAAUCUUACGCAGGUAAAUAUGUGCCAGUAAUUUCUCAUGAGAUUUUCAAAAGGAACGAAGAUCUACCAGACUCCCUAAAGAUAAAUCUAAAAGGCGUGAUUAUCGGAAAUGGUUGGUUAGACCCUGUGAACCAGAUGAACAUCGGAGAAUACGCCUUCCAACACGGUUUGGUAGACUUCAACACCAAAACAAUUAUGGACGAGUAUCGGGAUGAAUCUGUCGUGCUCCUCAGGCAAGGUAAGCUGGAAGAAUCCACUCUGGUCCAGAGGAAGAUCUCCCAUCUUUUGAAGAACGCCAGUGGGUACGAGAACAUGUACAACUACCUCAACCCAGGCAAACAAGAAACCGAAAAAACCGUCACAGAUUUCGUGCAAAAAGAAGACGUAAGGGCGGCCAUACACGUCGGGAAUUUAACGUUCAACUCGGACGAGCCGGUGGACACGGCUUUACUGGGAGACAUCAUGAUUUCCGUAGCUGACAAGCUGAUAGACCUGUUGGCCAAGUUCAGGGUGCUGAUUUACAGCGGACAAUUGGAUCUGGCCGUGCCGUAUCCCACGACUGUCAAUUAUCUGCUGAAUCUGAAAUUCGAUUCGGCCGAGGAAUACAAGACAGCCGAGAGGGAUAUUUGGUACAGGGAGGGGGAGAUAGCUGGUUACGUGAAGAGGGCUGGGAAUUUGACGGAAGUGAUGGUGUUGAAGGCUGGACAUUUGGUGCCGACGGAUCAGCCGUACGUUGCUAUGGAUAUGAUAAACGCUUUUACUAAAAACGAGGAUAUUUUGGACAAGGAGUGAGUGAAUCUUAAAUAGUUGAUGUUGAUGGAAUGAUAGUCUUCAUGUUUUGGAUUGAAUGUUUUGUAAUGUUAUUGAAUGACUUUUUUAUGCUUUUUCUUUUCGAAUCAUGAUCUAGUGAAAAGAUGUAGUGAUGCUUCAUUUUUAUUGCCUCAUCGAAUAUUAAAAAGUCUCAAAAAUAUUAACAGAGUUCGAAAUGAAAUUGAAUUCAUCACAGAUCAAAAUAACAAUAAAAUUGGAUGUGUAGCAAUCAUUUAAUAUGAUCAUCCUCCCAACUUGGUUAUCAAAUAAAAAGAAAUAUUUUAUA